AUGUCAAUUCAGAGAAUUUCAUACUCCGCUCCCCGCGAGGACUUCAUCAACGCCCUCAAGCGCGACGGCUGCGUGAUUGUACAAAACUUCACGACCCUCGAGACCCUCGCUCAGGCCCGGCGCGAAGUCGAGCCCUACCUGAACAAGGAAAGCAACAGCGAAGUCGGGGCCCUUAACGGCGGCACAAAAACGUGCACCCGCCUCGUCGGCCGCAGCAAGACCGUGCGCGAGCAGUUCUUCUCAAACCCUCUGUAUCAAGACCUCGGAGAAGAAUUCCUCGCUAUCAAGACUACAAACUGGUACAAUGAGGAGCCAUCUACAAACACCACACACCCGCUCCUCUCAAUCGCUAUAACAAUGGACAUUCGACCCGGUGCACCAGCACAGAAACUGCACCGCGAUGACAAAAACCACCAUGCGCGACACACUCGCGUCCAAGAAUACCACGAAAACAGAGACAUGCUUCUCGGUCUCUUUGUACCGGGAUGCGACACAACCAAGGAAAUCGGCGCGACGCGGAUCGUACCCGGUAGCCAUCUCUGGGGCGACGAGAAACCUGAUUUCGGAGGAGACGGGAACAAGGGCGUUAUUGAUGCGGAACUUAAAGCUGGCGAGGCGUUUAUUAUGCUUGGGAGUUUGUAUCACGGCGGUGGGCAUUUCUCGGCCAGCGAGGGGAGCCUCAUGGUGCAUAUUAUGUUUAUGUGUGGGGGAAUCUAUAGACAGGAGGAGAUUUCGUACCUGGUGUAUCCGGCUGAGGAUGUCAAGACUUAUUCGAAGCUUGUGCAGCAAAGGCUGGGGUGGCAGCAGUCGGAGCCGAAUCUGGGGUGGGUUGAUCUUGUGUCGCCGGAGGCGUUGUUAUGA